ACCACCUACGCUAGAGUAAAAGGUUUUGGUUUUUGUCUUGUUGCUUUGUGUGAUUCUCGACUCUCUGCUCUGCGUCUGCGUCCCGUUCUCGUGGCCAAAAAGAAAGAAAGGCAAGCGAACGUUUUCGCUCCGUGUUCGUGCUCAAUCUUAAAUUCGAAAAAAUCUUAAAAAAUGUCUCGCAGUGCGUACCUGCUGUGUGUGCUGUUUUUAGGCGCCAGUUGCUUGGUUUUUAGUGCGAGUGCUGCGCGGAAUUAUCGAAAGGGUUACAAGACAACGGAGCCGCCCACAACGCCCACGCCUCCCCAGACGCCCAAGGAAUAUCUGGACAGUCGGCCCGGAAUCUCCACAUUUGGCAUCAUUGCCAUUAUCUUCACCGUAAUCGUUCUCUGCCUGAUCUUCUAUUACGGCAUCAUUUGCUACCCCUUACUGUGCCGCGAUGAGAAGAAAUAUAGGUUUAUGGACGUGUCCUCGACGAUUACUGCUGCUACAUCGCGCUCCAUUCAGUCCAUAGAGAAUUAUCCCGACCAGAAGCACCACCAUCAGUUGGCCUGAUUUGAGGUCUAACCUUCCGAUGGAUCGUGGUUUAGUUUAACUUCUAUAUAUUAACUCAAAAAAGACUUCAACGCCAGCCAGAAACGAAAAUCCAUAAGUAUGGUUCAGAUUUUAAGUCCAAAACGAAACCGAGAAGAAAUAUCCCCAAAAUAGAUAUUUUAUUAACUAAUUUGCAUAGGAAACCUGAUUAAUAUAAGCUACAAUCUUUCGUAUAUACUCAAAAACGUAUUUCGUCCUCUUUUUACCGUAUCCCAUAAUAUUUGAAAAAUAUAAAAUCUCAAGAAAAGUCGAAUUUUAACAGAGUCAAGACAUUAGGUACAAAUUAGAACAGAAAAAAUGUAGCUUAAACAACCAGCCCAAGCCCAUUAAGUGGUGUGGUUACAAUAUUUACGAAUUUCAGAAAUACCUUAAAAUCCAUUUCAUACCUUAAUGUUACUUGUCAGUUGCACUUAAGGGCUACAUAGCAAUAACCAGUUAAGAAGUUCCCUGGAAAGGGAAUUAAUCAUUCAUAAUUGUAAAUUGGGUUUCCUACGCAUCCCCGACCGUUUCUUUAUCUGUUGUUCCUCUUAAUCCCAGGCUCAACAAGUUUGGCCUGUCCUCCGACCCUUUUUACCUUUUCCCUCCUGCAUCUUUGCUCUUUUUAUUUCUUUUUAUACAGGUAGUUUUAGCCGUUUACACACCGCUUUGUCUUCCUCGCCCAUUUUUUUCUGUUUUUGGACAAAGCCAAAGUGUGGCAAUUGAGUCACGUUGCGUUGUUCUUUCUUACGAAAUCUCAAGGAAUUUGGCAAUCUUUUUAUAUACCGUCUUUUCGGAGCCCAAUUUGCAUACAGAAUCGAAUCGAAUUAACAGACGUACUCUUUGCAAUGCCUCGAAUUUUCCCAUGCAUUUCAGGUUGACCCGUCCCUUCAAACACACAGGUUGUACUUAAAUCGAAACCAAGUACUUAAUAAAUAUAUUAUGCCAAUCAUAGAAUAAGCGCCAAUCUGCCACCACGAAUACGUUUAAGCAUUUUUCAAUUUGUGCAUUUAGACCAGAAUUAAGUAUCCUUCUAUAUAUUGUGUCAAAAUACGUUUUUAGACGUUACCUAAUAUUAAGACUAUGAAAUCGUUUUGGACUUUUAUAUGAGAAAUUUUUACAAAAAUAAAAGAUUUCACCGUAUGCAAUGGUGAAAAGAAAAUAAA